AUGUCUUUGGCUCCUGGUCACUUCCUCUUCACUUCUGAGUCUGUCGGCGAGGGUCACCCUGAUAAGAUUUGUGAUCAAGUCUCGGACGCCAUCCUCGAUGCUUGCUUGGCUCAGGAUCCCUUCUCCAAGGUUGCUUGCGAGACCGCCUCGAAGACCGGCAUGAUCAUGGUUUUCGGAGAAAUUACGACCAAGGCCCUCAUUGACUACCAGAAAGUCAUUCGUGAGACCAUCAAGCAGAUUGGCUACGAUGACUCGUCGAAGGGCUUCGACUACAAGACUUGCAACAUUCUUGUCGCCAUUGAGCAACAAUCUCCUGAUAUUGCUCAGGGGUUGGACCACGGUUCGCUCGAGGACCUUGGUGCUGGUGACCAGGGUAUCAUGUUCGGUUAUGCCACCGACGAGACGGAGGAGUACAUGCCUCUGACUGUCGUGCUCGCGCACAAGCUCAACGCCGCUAUGGCCGUUGCCCGCCGCUCCGGUGCUCUCCCAUGGCUCCGACCUGACUCCAAGACUCAAGUCACCAUUGAGUACAAGAAGGACGGUGGUGCCACCAUCCCCCUCCGUGUCGACACCGUUGUUGUCUCUACCCAGCACGCCGAAGAAAUCUCCACUGAGGACCUCCGCAAGGAACUCCUGGAGAAAGUUGUCAAGAAAGUCAUCCCCGCUCACCUUCUCGACGACCGAACUGUCUACCACAUCCAACCCUCUGGCCGCUUCGUCAUCGGUGGACCCCAGGGUGAUGCCGGUUUGACUGGUCGUAAGAUCAUUGUCGACACCUACGGUGGAUGGGGUGCCCAUGGUGGAGGUGCUUUCUCUGGAAAGGACUUCUCAAAGGUCGACAGAUCUGCUGCUUACACCGCCCGCUGGAUUGCCAAGUCUCUCAUUGCUGCUGGCCUCGCCCGCCGCGCACUCGUACAACUCUCCUAUGCCAUCGGUGUCGCUCAACCGCUGUCCAUUCACGUUGACACCUACGGCACAGGCAAGAAGUCCGAUGAGGACCUUGUCGAAGUCAUCCGUAACAACUGGGAUCUCCGACCUGGUGUGAUUGUCCAGGAACUCGGUCUCCAAAAGCCACAAUACCUCAAGACCGCCUCCUACGGCCACUUCGGCAACCCCGAGUACUCCUGGGAGAAGCCCAAGCCCCUCAAGCUCUGA